AUGAGUGACAUCUUGGAUCGACUAAUCCAAUAUCGCGAUGAAACCACUCGCGACGAGCAAGUCAGCUUUCGCUCUGGUCGAUCGACGAUUGAUCACGUGUUUAUUGUGAGAAGUGUGACAGCAGUACUCGAAGCCUCUACAGUUAGCACUUUUGGACUUCGAAGCCGCUUUCGACUCUCAUCACCGAGGUCGUCUUCUCAAUGCGCUUCGCGGCGAUGGAGUUCCAGGAAAAUAGACGACAUGAACAGAGAAACAACUGCUGCGGUCCGAACACUAGCCGGAUGUACUACACCGUUCGGAGGGGAAUCUGGAGCGACAAGGGGCCGUGGCGAGACCCUUUCUGUUCAACUUUGCGGUCGAUGA